AUAGAAGAUAUUUACUCUCCAAAAAAAUACAUACUGUUCCAUUCCAAGAUCCCCAAUUUCUCAGCCUUAUUCCUGCGAUUCCAACUUCCAAAUGAAGAUCUGCAACAAAGGUUCGUUAAUCGAAUCAAUUUUGCAAUCCCAGUUCAUCAGAUCUUCGUUUGGAACUUGGAAUCGCAGGAAUAAGGGUGAGAUAUUGAGGAUCUUGGAAUGAAACAGUACGUAUUUUUUUGUGGAGAGUAGUUAAUAUCUUUUAUAAAAAUAUAAAAAUUAAAUGAGGGUAUAAUCAAAACUACGUAGUUUUGAUGGUUUCGCAUGUAACUUACAUGUAUAACAGCCUUAUAUUCCCUUUCCCCAUAUAAUAAUAAUACAAAAGGACUUCACGUUAAGUUGACCUUGACUUCUCAUAGUUGCUUUACUCCCAUGAAUACACACACAUACUUCUCUAAACUCAUCACAAUCCACAUCACCGGAAAACCUUCCUCUCCAGCUAAAAAUGAGUUACAGCGGCUACUCUCCAGCUCCCUCGGCUACAUUCGAACGCUCGCCCAGCAUCGAUCCCACGAAGCACGUCAGCUACGUAUCCGAGCCAACAGCUCCGACCGCCUCAUCUAUUCAUAAUGGACACUCCGAUCCUCAGUUAACCGCAACUAGUCAGAGCUUGGUGCCUCCGGUACAAGCAGAUGUCCGUCCAAUAAUGAAGUCAGCUAAUCAAAUUAGCGACAGUGGGUUGAAUUCAACCAGUUUUGGUCAAGCACCGGGGCGUUCAGGUGAAGUGCACAAUAUCAUGUCUGCAAAUGAAGUCACCGGAAAAGUUGCUGGUGAAGCAAAAGCGCCCACAUUCACCCCUAUCGUUGAACGAGAUCAGAGUAACAAGGGAGAAUCGGAUGAAGCUGAGGGGGAUAAUGAUAAUCAACAACAGGAGCAUGUCGGAGUGAGUAUGGUUGGAAAGAAGUUCAAGCCGGUUAACCCGGAGGCAUACUAUGUGGAGGAUGAGGAUGAUGAUGAUGAAUAUUAGCUAGAUGAUCCGCCUUACUGAUUUUAAUUUGUCUUAAACGUUUGCUUUAAGUGUGAGAUCAAAAGAAAAUUCGUAUUUGUAUUUCUCUUCACUAAUGAUUGUUGUUUUGGUCAACGUUUGAACAAUUAUUUUUAUGGGAACGAUUCUGACAUGUUAUAGGAGUCA